UGUACUUGUGAUACAAUUGGAACAGAUAAUAUUGAAUCAAGUCCAUCAACAGCAAUUAGUAUAUGCUACCAAAGUACUUUUAAAACAAAAACUGAGUAUUCUGAAAAGCUUGCUGUGGUAAUAACAAAUGUUAGUGAUCUAGAUGAAGAUAGAUUGCAUGAAAUCGGUGCUAGAUUUACUUCUUCAUUCACUACAUAUUAUUAUUAA